AGCUGUCGGUGAGACAUGGCGUCCUCUCUGCUGGUGGAAGACCUGACCUGCUCCGUGUGUCUGAGCAUUUUCACCGACCCCGUCACCCUCCAGUGUGGACACUCCUUCUGCAGGUGGUGUGCGGGGGAAGUCCUGGCCGUCCAGCCGCGGUGUCCUCAGUGCUGCCAGGCCGUGGUGACCGAGGCUCAGGAUCUGCCCUCCAGCUUCAUCCUGAAGAGCCUGGCUGAGAAGGCCAGAGGAGAUUGGAGCCUGCAGACGGACAGAGCACAGGCAGCCGAUCUGUGUCCAGAACACGAAGAGAAGCUGAAGCUCUUCUGCAUCACUGAUCAGCAGCUGACUUGCAUCAUUUGCAGAGACUCAGAGAAACAUGAACGACACAAAUUUAAACCGAUCAAGGAAGCAGAUGCAGCCCUGAGAAAGGAGCUGGAAACGUUUCUACAGAACGUUUCUGGAGAUAUCAGUGCUGUAGAAGGUCUAGCUGACAGGCAGAGGGAAGAAAUCUCAAAAAGCAGGAAGAAGUCGGAGAACCUCAUGACCCAGAUCAGCAACCAGUUCAGAGAGAUGCACCAGUUUUUGACAAGGAGAGAAAAGCAGAUCGAGAACGAGUUGAAACAAAAGCAAGAAGAUGAAAUGAAGAGAAUGGAUGAGAGUUUACGAGCUGUGGAGACAGUUUUGUGUGAGAACAGAGAGCUUCAGGUCAAAGUAAACUCAGCUCUAGAAAUUAAAGACUCAGAGAGCUUCUUAAAGAGCUGGACUGAGGAUGAAAACAGGAAAGCCAAAAGAGCGUCAUUCAGACCCAGAGCCAAAGAGCUCAGAGUGGAGAACACAUCCUUCUCUUUGUGGCCUUAUGAAAGUCACCUGCAGUUCUUUGUGUGGAAGGAAAUGCUUGAGAUCAUCCAGCCCAGAGCAGAGCGCCUUUCACUCUCAAACAACAGUGGACAAACAGUCAUAUCUAACAUUGGGCGGAGUUUGAUUUGGGAUCACGCAAAGGAUAGGUCAGAAAGUGCACAGAGAUUACAAAAUGCAAAUUAUAAUGCCGGAUAUUCAAACAGCUACUCUUCAAUCAACCGUCAACACAACUACGUCGCUCCUGCAAUCAGUGGCCAGGCAUUCAGCUCCAGUCAGUUCACUUCAGGACAGCACUACUGGGAAGUCGAUGUUGGAAGUGCAGAUUGUUGGAAACUCGGCAUAAAUAAGUACUUCCUUGACUAUGACGGGCAAAGAUAUGCUGUUUGUGAUCAGGGCAGAAACAGAAACAUAACAAUAUCAAACACACCUCAAAAGUUUGGUUUUUACCUGAACUGCUCCUCCCAGCAGCUCUCCUUCUAUGACGCAGACAACAUGACACACAUUGACACUGUGGACCUGAUGCCUCACUCUGUACCUACGUCAGCAUAUUUCCACUUCCAGGACAGAGAUGCCAAUCAUGGCCCUCUGACUGUUUGCUGGUACUGAGGAGGAACAGACAAGACAAGCAGCCUUCCUUCAUGUGUGGUUCCUCCAGAAGAGCCACUGGAACGCUGGAAUGUAAAAACAACUAGAAAAAUUUGCAGUUCCUGAAGAAACUGCAAGUGUGAAUGCUGAGCUGAAAAUGCUAAACUGUAAUGCAGAAGAAGUU